GGCGCUCACAGCCCACGAACACAUCGCAUUCAUAAGGUGAGCGCACCACGGGCCGCAGUAGCCUUCGUCUUGUUCGAAACUCGCGCAUCACGCUUCUGGUGCAGUGAUGCGGCAAUCCUCGAAGUCUGGAGCGCACACGCUGCGUUUUGGCCUCUCACAGCCUUGCGCAAUCGCAUCGAUGCGAUUGCAAGCGAAGUGCGGGUGCCGACGCAGUACGCGGUCGCCGCGCGCACCGCACGAGGCGUGGCGCUGCAUCAGAGCGCCGGCGCGCCGCGUUUGAGGGGAGAACGCGUACCGACCGCCGCCACCGCGAACUUGACCUCGCCACGCAGGCACCAACACAAUGCAGCUCAUUUCUACUCUCGCUCUCGCUACCUCCGCGGCCGCGCUCGUCGCGCCGGCCGCGCCGAAGGCCUCCACCAAGCUCGACGUCGCGACGCUGAAGAACCCGUCCUCCACCGAGUUCGCCUACGGCCUCCCGGGCAACGAGAUCCCUGGCGUCCCGAGCUCGCGCUUCGACUUCGACCCCCUCGGCUUCGCCGAGCGCGCGUCGCCGGCCGAGAUGGUCAAGUACCGCGAGGCGGAGCUCAAGCACGGCCGCGUAGCGAUGCUCGCGAUCACGGGCAUGCUCUUCGCCGAGGUGUGGCAUCCCAUGUUGUAUGCCCCGUCGAACGUGCCGGCGAUCUUCGCGUGCGGACCCAGCGUCCUGAAGAUGUCGCGUCGAUGGCGUAGGGUUGACGUGCGUACGCGUCGGGAUUUGACGUGCUCCACACACAGGUUCCAGGGCACGCUCCAGCAGAGCUCCAUCCUCGCUCCUGUGCUCUUAGCUAUUGGUGCGGUCGAAACGGCGUCGUUCCCUGGGUGGGAGCCGACGGAUUUCAAGAUGAAGGAUGGCUACGUGCCCGGCUCGUGAGCGACAGCGCACAAAACAAAUUUCGCGGCGCUUGCCCGGCUCACCGGUUGAUGCAUCGCAGGUACGCGAACAUCGAGGGCCUCUCGCCGUGGACGAAGGACAAGCUCUCGCCCGAGGAGUACUUACGGAAAGAGGUCGUCGAGCUGAACAACGGCCGCCUCGCGAUGCUCGCCUGCAUCGGCCUCUGGGCCCAGGAGCUCGUGCAGCAUGGUCAGCCCGUCAUGUUCACGCUCCUCGAGAAGGUAGCGACGUACGAGAUCCCGGCGCUCUUCCAGGAGUUCCACCAGUAGACGUCUCCCCGGGCUCAGGGCGCGGGCAUCGGCCCGCGCGAAGCCCUCCCGCCGUUUUGUGUAACUUCGAAGUAUGUCUA